UAAUAACCAUUGAUUUAUUGUGAAAAUCUAAGGCAACAUCAGCGAGGGUCGCAUUAGGAAUAACGACUGUCCUAACCAUGACAACCAUCAGUACUGGUGUCAGAUCUUCAUUGCCGCGAAUAUCUUACGUCAAAGCUAUUGACAUCUAUUUAGUGAUGUGUUUUGUGUUUGUUUUUGCGGCACUUCUCGAGUACGCGGCCGUCAACUACACCUAUUGGGGCGCCAGAGCUAAGAAGAAACCCAAACCGACCGACAAAAUCGACUCAUCCGGAAGGGCUAUAUCUCCCGGAGCUGGCAAACAUGGAGAUAAUGUAUACAAUAACGAAGAGAUCAUAGAAUUACAUGACAUCCGGAUGUCUCCCAUCCCUUGUCUACGGAACCGACACAACAAGACGUGUAGUACAAGCGAUAGUGACCUACGAUUCCCUCCAUCACUGCGAAUGUCAAACCCCGUGCAUCGGAUGUCAUACUCGCCGGGAAGGGCCGGUAUCUACGGACCGAACCGUUCGCGUUACGGCCGAAGUGAUCCUUACAAUAGGGCUAAACCGCGAAUGUUUCAGUCGAUCAGACGCGGCGCCAAUGCUUUCAAAGUGUCGAUCCCUAUGGAAGGGCCGGUAUCUACGGACCGAACCGUUCGCGUUACGGCCGAAGUGAUCCUUACAAUAGGGCUAAACCGCGAAUGUUUCAGUCGAUCAGACGCGGCGCCAAUGCUUUCAAAGUGUCGAUCCCUAAGAUUAAAGACGUGA